CGCCCGGACGUUAAUCACAGACGGACCAAAACAUCCUUCUUGAUAGUUGACGUGGACCCGUCUGUCUGUGUACAAUGGCUGAUACAAAAGUAGAAACUUCAGCUGACGGCUCCAAUGCGGUGCAGAAUUCAAAUGCGCCGUCUCAGACCAACAACCCGCUCUCACGGAAGCUCAACAAAAUCCUGGAGACGAGACUUGACAAUGACAAGGAAAUGCUGGAGGCUCUGAAGGCUCUGUCUGUGUUCUUCACCGAGAACAGUUUGCGCACCCGGAGGAAUCUUCGCGGUGACAUAGAGAGGAGAAGUCUGGCGAUCAACGAGGAGUUUGCCCGUAUAUUUAAAGAUGUCAAAGAGGAGCUGGAAAGUGUUAAUGAAGAUGUUCAGGCCAUGAGCACAUGUUGUGAAGAAAUGACCAACAGAUUAAAGGCUGCGAAAGCGCAAACUCAAGACCUCAUAGUAAAGACCAACAAGCUGCAGGGAGAAAAUCAACGUCUGGAGGUGAGAGCUCAGGUUGCUCAAGCUUUCCUUGCCAAGUUCCAGCUAUCUAACGAGGAGAUGGCCACGCUGCGAGGGGCUCGGGACGCUCCCAUUACUGAGGAUUUCUUCAAAGCUCUCAGCCGGGUGAAGCACAUCCACGAGGAUGUGAAAAUCCUCUUGCGAACCAACCAACAAACUGCAGGGUUAGAGAUCAUGGAGCAGAUGGCUGUGUUACAGGAGACAUCAUAUGAGCAGCUCUACCGCUGGGCUCAGAAUGAAUGCAGGGGAUUGACCCAGGAGACGUGUGAUAUCAGCCCCGUCUUGACACAAGCCAUGGAAGCCUUGCAGGACCGACCAGUCCUUUACAAGUACACCCUGGAUGAGUUUGGAACUGCACGCAGGUCUGCCGUGGUACGGGGCUUCAUCGACGCCCUCACCCGCGGUGGGCCGGGAGGAACCCCCCGCCCAAUAGAGAUGCAUUCACAUGACCCCAUGAGGUAUGUCGGGGACAUGCUGGCCUGGCUGCACCAAGCUACCGCCUCAGAGAAAGAGCAUCUAGAAGCUCUGCUGAAGCAAGUCACUCUACAAGGUUUGGAGGAGAACAUGCAGGAAGUGGUUGGUCACAUCACAGAGGGAGUCUGCAGGCCGCUGAAAGUUCGGAUAGAACAGGUCAUUGUGGCAGAGCCAGGAGCCGUCCUGCUUUACAAGCUGUCCAACCUGCUUAAGUUCUACCAUCACACCAUCAGCUCUAUCAUUGGGACCAGUGUGGCCUCCUUGCUCAUCAAUAUUGAGGAAAUGCAUUGCCUCAGCAAAAAGAUGUUCUUCAACAGCCUGAGCCUUCAUGCCAGCAAGCUCAUGGACAAGGUGGAGCUGCCUCCCGCAGACCUGGGACCCACAGCCUCCAUAACUCAGACCCUCUCCCUCCUCAGGGAGGUGCUGGCCUCCCAUGACUCAUCUGUAGUUCCUCUGGAUGCCCGCCAGGCCGACUUUGCUCAGGUGCUCUCUUGCAUCUUGGAUCCCCUCCUGCAGCUGUGCACCGUCUCAGCCAGCAACCUCGGCACAGCUGACAUGGCUACCUACAUGGUCAACUCGCUGUAUGUCAUGAAGACCACGCUGGCUCUCUUCGAGUUCACCGACAAGAGGCUCGAGAUGCUCGAGUUCCAGAUCGAGGCUCACCUUGACACUCUGAUCAACGAGCAGGCGUCCUACGUGCUGACAAGAGCCGGACUGAGCUACAUCUACAGCUGCGUCCAGCAGCACAGCGCCGAACAGGGUCCUCUCUCCCUCCUCCCCAGCAUGGACAGCUCUUCUGUGAAAGCGGCAAUGGUCCAGUUUGAUCGGUACCUGUCGUCGCCUGACACCCUCGUGAUGCCGCAGCUCAACUUCCUGCUGAGCGCAGCCAUCAAGGAGCAGAUUUUCCGUCAGUCGACAGAGCUGGUGUGCAGAGCCUAUGGGGAGGUUUACGCGGCUCUGACCAGCCCGGCUAAUGCCUACAAGGACCCAGAAGUCCUGCUACCCAGAUCCCCUCAGCAAGUUCAGACGUUGCUGUCCUGAGAAGCGCUACGAUCUCAAAAGACACCCGGCGAGCCCCCCGCAGAGGACAGUCUGCAGGUUAUUUAAAGAGCCAUGUAAUUUACGUGGUAUAAUAACACAAUGCACAUAAGUAUCUGUAAAGGUGGGGUUCUUGGUGGGAAGUUUGGCACGCUGACCUCAGAGAGGGACGUGGCUGUAUAUAAGAAGAAAGGACUUUACAUGUGUACGAUGCAUUCACUGUCACUGGUGCAGGCAUCCAUCCCUCUUUGUCUUCUCCGUCUGUUUUUCACACCAUGUACCGCUCCCGGAUUCUAUAAUUGUAGAAAGAGUUUUUAUUGAAAAUAUCGAACACUAUAAAACAAAAAGAAACUAUGAAUUUAA